AUGAAUUCAACGAAUACAAUUUCUCAAAGAGCACUCGACGUCAUACAUUAUCCCGAUCCUUUGUUGUCAUAUGUGACAGAAGCCAAAAAGAAUCCUUACCAACCGAUGUAUAAUGAAAACGGCGUCGUUGAGAUUGGAUUAGCCGAAAACAAGCUUUGCGAGGAUCUUAUUAAACAAAAGUUAACAGAAUUGCUACCGACAAAAAUUGAAUCUGAUGACCUGUACUACUUUACCAAUCAUGGCAGUGUUGGUUUCAGAAGGGCUAUAAAGAAUUUCUUAAACAAGUUUUUUAACCCACUGAAUCCGAUCAAUGAAGAAAAUUUGGUGGUUGUCACAGGUGUAACGUGUGUUCUAGACCUGGUGGCUGAUGGCUUGGCUGAAGAAGGAGAUCGCUUCCUGUGUCCGGCGCCUUAUUAUUCACGCAUCCGAAAUGACAUCCAUGACAAAUCACAGGUUUAUACUUAUGAUGUUGACAUAGCAGAAACAGGUGUCCGUAUAAAAGGAAUCAUCGUCAUCAACCCCAACAACCCCUCCGGGCAGUUAUUGACUAAAGAAGAAAUAGAUGAUGUGCUUCAGUUCACAAAACUAAACAACAUCCAUGCGAUUUUUGAUGAAAUCUACGGUCUAUCGAUCCAUAGUCGAAAAAAUGUUUUCAGAAGUGUUUCUUCUGUAGAAAAUCUGGAUCCAGAAAAAACACAUUUCAUGUGGGGCUUGAGCAAGGAUAUAGGUUUGGCCGGAUUUCGGUGUGGAGUACUGCAUACAACCAACAAAGAAUUGCUUAAUUUUGUACAAAAGGUGGCUUUCUGUUCGUCGCUCCCGUUAUUUGUUCAAAAAAUACUUGAAUCUCUGUUGAAUCAAACAGAAUGGCUUGAGACAAAAUAUUUCCCGAUUUUACAACAACGGUUGGAAGAAUCCUAUCAAAUUGCAACUGAGAGACUUAAAAAAUUGGGGGUCACUAUUUAUCCCUCUGACGGUGGCUUUUUCAUAUGGGCAAACUUUAGCAAGUUCAUGCAAGAUAAAUCGUUUAAAAGCGAAGAUGAUUUGAUCAGUAUUUUACUCAAAGGAACCUGGUUGGUUUCGAAUCAUUUUUACGCAAAAUUUGGAAAUCCUACAAGUUGGUUUGGACCGCAUUGA